AAAAAAAACCCUCUCAUGCACAAUUUCACAGUUUAAAAGGAAAAACACACUCAAAGCUCGAGCAAGCAGAUUCCUUUAACUUAGCUGUCGCUGUUACCGCUCUGCAGCUGUCAACACAGUUCGAAUUAGCAAAAGUUAAAGGUUGUUUUUGCGCAGCCACGUUAGAGCGCUUCAGAUCUUUCAAUCAUGCAGGCCAAUUUUCUCCCCCUGCUCCUCCUCCUCCCUCCGCCACCGUUAAAUGGUCUAUGACGGACGAACACAGAAAAUCAGCGGAAAGCAGCGCUGCUGAUGUCCCAUUGUUGACAAAUCCAAGAAACAACUCCAGUUUGCAUGGUUUAACGGAGAGCGGAGAGAGCAAAGCUUUGGAAGCGAAGGAGAGAUGAGAGGUGGGGGGUGUGGCGUCACCGAACCACGUGUCCAGCUCUGAUAGUAUAUCUUAUACAAGGGGGGAAAGUAAUCUAUCAGUCAGUCCGGUUAAAAAGCUCCGGCCUUUUUUUCCAAAAGCAGAAUGUGUCAGUUCGACUCAGCUCGCCAAAUAUCGCUGGUUUAGGACGCGCGCCGCCGCUCAGGAGAGACGCCGGAGCGCAAAAGGCAAAAGAAAAAAAAAGAAAAAAAAAAGUUGCGCUUUCUCUCCAAAUAACUUCUGAGACAAAACGCACCGCUCUGCAGGCCCCGCUAACUUCCAGCGUGGGGAAUAUUUCUCGAAGUUUGAAGUUUUUCUGCACACCUUCAGAUCGUUGGAGACCUCCGGUUUUUGUCCAGCAGACCCCCGUGUGAGUAAGCCGUGAGAUGACCCUCUCUGGAGGCAGCGAUCGAGCCAGCGACAUGUCCGGCCAAACUGUGCUCACAGCCGAGGACGUGGAUAUCGACGUGGUGGGCGAGGGAGACGAUGAGGGCAUGGAGAGGGUGGACAGCGACUGCGACAGCCCGGGGGGAGGCAGCAUCCUGCACGGCUUUCGAGGAGAGCCGGCCGACGAUGACUUGGAGGACGAGAUCGAGGUGGAGAAAGAGGAGAUGAGGUCCGGAGGAGGGAGCCCAUGCUGCGAGAGCUCUGGGGAAGGAGAGCCGGGCUCAGGGAAAGGAGAGGGUCAUGACCAGAGCGCAGCGCCGGGAGGAGCGAUCCAGAAGCCCAAGAGCAGCUUGGUGAAACCGCCUUACUCCUACAUCGCCCUCAUCACCAUGGCGAUCCUCCAGAGCCCGCAGAAGAAGCUCACCCUCAGCGGGAUCUGCGAGUUCAUCAGCAACCGCUUCCCGUACUACCGGGAGAAAUUCCCGGCGUGGCAGAACUCCAUCCGGCACAACUUGUCGUUGAACGACUGCUUCGUGAAAAUUCCCCGGGAGCCCGGCAACCCCGGAAAGGGCAACUACUGGACCCUGGACCCGGCUUCAGAGGACAUGUUCGACAACGGCAGCUUCCUCAGGAGGAGGAAACGGUUCAAGAGAGUUCAGCCGGACGUGCUCAGGGACCAGACCGCACUCAUGAUGCAGAGUUUCGGGGCGUACAGCCUCGGAGGCCCCUACGGGAGACACUACGGUAUCCACCCGGCUGCGUAUUCCCACCCGGCGGCUUUGCAGUACCCCUACAUCCCACCUGUGGGGCCCAUGCUCCCGCCGGGCGUCCCCCUGCUGCCCUCGGCGGAGCUCAACAGAAAGGCGUUCAACUCUCAACUGAGCCCGAGCCUCCAGCUGCAGCUCAACAGCCUGAGCACGGCAUCUAUGAUAAAAUCCGAGCCGUCAAACAGGCCGUCCUUCAGCAUAGAGAACAUCAUCGGGGUGUCCAGCUCGUCGUCCGUGACGCCGGGCGCCGCCCAGGCUUUCCUCCGGCCUCCGGUCACCGUUCAGUCGGCCCUGCUGAGCGCGCAGUCCCUCUCUCUGACCCGGACCUCUGCCGCGAUCGCUCCCAUCCUCAGCGUCCCUUCAAAUAUUAUUUCUGGACACGUUUUACCUUCAGCGACGGCGGCAGCGGUCUCCAAAUGGCCGUCACAGUGACUGAAAAGCAAGGAAAAAAAAACUCUUAUUUUUAUAUAGAGACUUUAUCACUGGGAGGCGUGAAGAGCACAAAUCAAUAGGCAGCACUGGACUGUAAAGCCAUGAAAAAGACUCUUGAAAUACAAGAGAAAUGAAAAAAAGAAAAGAAAAGGAAAGUAUUUCUGUACAGGUAACAUUUGUAAAUAUUUGUAAAACGAAAAAAAGGGAAAAUAAUUUUACCCGUCUGACUUUUAUCUGUCCUUUGUUCCUGUUUGAGAUCUGUGAUAAUUAUUUUGACUUUUCCUUUUUUUUCUAUUGGAGGCUCGACUUGACACAUUUCAUACAAGACACGAUCAAGUGCAAAAAGACUGUUUAUAAUAAUAUUAUUAAUAAUAAUAAUAAUAAAAAAAUCAAAUAUAUGUAAUUCUAUGUAGUUAUCUGGUGUUGUAAGCUGAAAUUAUUUGUAAAUAAAUUUAUGAAAAAGUUAAAACUAUUUUCAUUUCUUUUAAACGUUUAAAAUAAUCUGACAUGUGUUUAAGAUAUUAGGAGUAAAUAUCCGCAUUGGUCUAUUAGAAAAAAUAAUUGCAAUGAAUUUACAAAAAAUGCAAUGCAAAAUAACAAUUUUAACAUUUUAUUUUUAAUGUUCGUCAAAACUUAUUAUGCUCAUAAUUCAUAACUUACCAGCCAAUAAAAAGAAACGAAAUAGCAAUAACAAGAGAACCCUUUUUAUCAAUCUUGUCAGCUCCAGAUUUUUCAACUUUUUGUUUUCAUAUAUUAUCAAUUAAUUUUUGCAAAACCCUCAAUAAUUAAAAUUAUAUUCAUAUCAAUCAGAUGUGUUAUAGAAGAGGAUUAAUGUAGUUAAAUAAGUUUAGCGCUAAAUAUCAACCGUAUCAAUGUAAAAUAAAAUAAAACACACACACACUCUCACACACACAAAAAAAAAUUACAAAGCUUUUAAAAGUUUGGAAUAUGUUUUUUUAUAUAAAAUUAUAGCACAUAAUUAUAUGGAACUAAAAGGGUUUUCCAGUUUUCCAGUCAAUGAUCCCGGCCUGAGGUCACAGUUUAGACACAUUUUCAUCUCCCAUCACAUCACAGCCGGAUCAUCUUACAGAAUAUUCUGCGGCUUGGCCACCAUAAAGGUAACAGUUUCGCAGUUGUGUCUGGCUAAUCGCUUCUACACAAACAGCAAAUGGCGAGUGUGUGUGAGAGAGUGUGUGUGAGAGGGCUUUCAGGUACUAUAUUUAUCCGAUCCCCAUGGGAAAGGAAAAGGACUUCUGUUUCUGCUUCUGUUCCUCCACAGGCAGUCAAGAUGGUGCUGCUGAUGAAAAGAGCCUCAUCAAAUUGUUUCUGCUGACGGAUUUCAUUCACUCCUUUGCAUGUCACAAUAUUACCUCACUAAAUACAUGUGUAAAAUUUAUACUGGUUGCUGAUCGAUUCGAAUCACGAAACCAAUUAUGG